AUUGAAUGUUUGCUUUUAUAUCGUUUUUUGCAGGUCAUCGCCUCUAACCAACCAUGUACUCUUCAGUGUUACGGGUGCCCACUAACGAUGAUGAAGUUAGCUACGUGAACACCGAAGACAGUCUCAUUAGCUCUAGGACCAGUACGGAAACUGUCAAUUCGGAUAAGAAGGAACUUGAUUGUUAUUUGUCCAAACGGACCAGAAAGCUAGGAGAUCACGUAUGGCUUAUCAUAGGAGUAGUUGCAAUGCUUUGGGGUACCGGCAUGUUGAUCUACACCCCAUAUGAGUUGCUCAUGGAUCAAAGAAUACACAUGACUUCCGCCUUUCGAUUGGUGGUUGCAUCCGCCCGAUGAAGUGCUGUUGAAGGUAUACAUUUUUAAUGUUACAAAUUCCGAAGAGUUCCUAAACAGCACCGAUGCCAAGUUGAAGUUAGAAGAAGUAGGUCCUAUUAUUUACAGGGAAAAAUUGAGGCACACGAAUCCUAUCUUCAACGAAAACGGUACUUUGACGUAUACUGCCAACAGAUCAGCCAUAUAUUUGCCAGAGCUGAAUACUAUUGACAUGAACCAAACUAUUAUUAUGCCAAAUUUAGCCGUAUUGUUUAUCCCGUCAUAUUUCUACGACGCCCCGUUUUAUAUGAAAAUGGGGGUAAACCUGAUGAUGAGUAGAUCGAAAUCUAGUCCGUUCGUGAGAACGACCAUCCAGAACUACCUGUGGAACGAAACAGAUCCGAUUUUGGACGUUUGCCAAAAGCUAGCGCCGUCCUUGGUCCCAACAAAGAACGUCGGAAUAUUGGAUAGGAUAUAUUCAAAUUUCGAAGACAACGUAACCGUUUACAUCGGACCAACGUUCGGUCACGACAGGUUCUUCUUAAUAGACAAUAUGACGGAUCGGAAUGGCUCCCGAAGAGAGAAGGUCGCUGCAGUGACAAAGUUGUCAAUUCUUCUGAGGGAGUCAGCUAUCCACAAUUUCUAACCAAGAACGAUACUCUCAAGUAUUGGAGGAAGACUUUGUGCAAAGUCGGAGAAUUGGAUUAUGAGAGGGACGUCGAAAAGUACGGGGUAACAGCGUACAAGUACACGUUACUGCCUACAACUUAUGACAGAACGCUACCGGAAGAAGACGACUGUUACAAGGGAGAACCGACGUUGCCAAAUGGCCUAGCCGAUGUAUCAGUCUGCUACUUUGGUAAUUAUUAUACAAGAGACGACGCUUACGCAUUCGACAAGGCUUGCUUAAGUUCAUAUCGCUACACUAUCAAGCGAUUGGAGCUUUAGGUUGUAUUUAGCUUGAAUUGGUAAAAGUAGACUUUAAAAAACGUUCCCUUCAUUCUGACAGAAUAAAGGUUUGCUACUUUGAAAACAGUUUGGUUGAAAUAAAAUAGUAAAACUCUUGAUCGGUGGUAAGAGAGCAUCAAAUAUGUUCUAGGUAUAUGUUUACUUAGAAUAGUUCGAAAAAAAUGAUCAGCUUGUCAAGCAUAUCGAUAAUAAUAAUUAAUAAAUUCAUUAUUACUGUUUUUUUCUAUGAUACCAUAGUAUACUUUUGGCAGUCUCAGAUACCGCAUAUGUAAACGUGAUCAUUGUUCUUAUUUAACACUUGAAGUUAUGAAAAGUUGAUGACUAUUGUGCCUAAUGAAAAUUUACAUUAUAGUUUACGUUUGCGAUAAUUGCGGAAUAUACAGGGUGGCCCAUCCAUGUGUGGACGGAAUAUUACUCAUAAACGAAUACAUUUUGGGAAAAUCUAUUUAUGGCAUGAUAUACAUGACAUUUGAGGGCACAUUUCUAAAAUAUUGGCAAUUAUACAGGGUGUCCCAAUUUUGACCUGCACAUCAAAGUUGUGAUUUUUUAAACGAAAUGCCUCCAAUUUUAUUGCAAUUCAAAAGAAGAAGAUUGAUAUAACAUACUAUGGAGUUUUGGUAAUUAGCUACUGAGAUGUAAGGUGUUUCGUCCAGAAAAACCGCCGACUUUUGAAAUUUGGAAUGCAGAGUUUUGUAUCAAAAAAAAACUUACCUCAGCUUUUAUCUUAUUUGUUACUUUUCCGAAUUUUCAUUUUUUACUCCAGGAGUCCAAAUAGUUACGCACACGAUUAUGAUAAUGCGCAACUGAUUCGCCACUUGGAUUAUUUAUACAUUUUUUACUAUAUUCCACUGCUCCACUUGAUUCAAAACGUUCUCGUACUGUGGAAAAUGUGCCCAGGAAACUAUUUCUUUGGGCGAAGCCCAAAACGAACACCGUAUUCACCAUUUCUUCUUUAGAAAAAUUCGUUUUCAAACACGUUUUUAUUAUAAUGCUCACAAAGCUAAUUUUGACAAUUUAUUUGUUUCCAAGGAUGAUGCGAUAUUUUAGGGAGUUAAGCCGUUCCAUAAAAAACGUGUUAAUAACCGAAAAAAUAGCCGUAAAAACCCUUAUGUGUCUAGUAUAAAAAAAAGCUUAUAAAAAAUUGAAUCCAAACUUGCUCAAAUAUACAGGGUGAUGCAUUUGGAAUUUUUGAGAAAAACUACAAUUUGCGUUUUUGACCACCCUGUAUGAGCAAAAAUUGGAAUUCUAAAAAGUAACGAAUAAGAUAAAAGCUGAGGCGUGCAAGUUUUUUUGAUACAAAAUUCAGAACUCCAAUUUCAAAAUGGCGGACUGAGGUGUUGCCGAAGUGGGGGUUUUUCUAGACAAAACACCCUAUAUCUCAGUAGCUAAUUACCAAAACCCCAUAGUAUUGUACAUCAAUUUUUUUCUUUGGAAUUGGUUUAUCCAUAUAUGCAAUAAAAUUUGAGGCAUUCCAUUUGAAAAAUCACAACUUUGAUAUGUGCCUUCAAAUAGAUUUUUCCAAAAUGUAUUUGUUUAUGGUAAUAUUCCGUCCACACGUGGAUGGGCCACCCUGUAUAAUGCCUCUUUGACAGAAACUUAAAGCAAGGAGUUGCUUUUCGAUUUUUUCUCAUUCUACCGUUUUGCUACACACUUUGAAGACAAGGAAAAGUUGCUAUUCAACACGAUGCUCUUAAUAUAUAACUUUAUGUUUUAUUAACUAUUAAAAGGGAAGAGAGAAAAGCGUCUAUGCCAAAAUCACCUAUUGCACACUGCAGCAAAAAUAUUCAUCCAAGG